AUGCCAACCCGCAGGAAACAAGCUCCGACCCCUUUGCCCGCUCCUCCCCGUCCUCUGCUCGCCCUCGGUCUCGAAGGAUCCGCCAACAAGCUCGGCGUCGGCCUCAUCCUUCACUCUCCGCCAUCUUCAUCAGCUCAAGGUACACCCUCAGCAAUAGGCGACCCUGCGACCGUCUCGAUCCUGUCAAACAUCCGGCAUACGUAUGUCACGCCACCUGGGGAGGGGUUCUUGCCGAGCGAUACGGCACGGCACCACAAGAGGUGGAUUAGCGAGGUUGUCGAGAAGGCUUUGCAGGAGGGAGGCAAGACGAUGGAAGAUGUGGACGUCGUGUGCUUCACAAAGGGUCCCGGAAUGGGCGCUCCCCUCCAGACGGUCGCUCUCGUCGCCCGCACGCUCGCCCUGAUGUACAACAAGCCUCUCGUCGGUGUCAAUCAUUGCGUCGGACACAUCGAGACCGGCCGCCUGAUCACCGCCUCUCCCUCCCCUAUCGUCCUCUACGUCUCAGGCGGCAACACCCAAGUGAUCGCUUAUUCGCAGCAGCGGUAUCGUAUCUUUGGCGAGACGCUCGACAUCGCGGUGGGCAAUUGCCUGGAUCGGUUCGCGCGCAUUAUCGGGUUGAGCAAUGACCCUAGUCCGGGCGCCAAUAUCGAGAAGGAGGCGAAGAAAGGCCGACGACUACUCCCAAUCCCUUACGCGACAAAAGGCAUGGACAUCAUGCUCGGCGGUAUCCUGCACGCCGCAGAAGCCUAUACCCGCGACCCUCGCUUCCGACCUACCUCUUCCUCCGCUUCGCCCAAACCUGCCUCGACUGGACAAGCGACGCCCGUGAAUGGCAAGACGGGCGCGCAGAUGGUUGCGCAGGAGGAGCGGCGGCGGAGGGCGGAGGGGGAAGGACCGCAGGCGGCGUUGCAGAAUAUCGGGCUUGCGGCGGACCGAACAGCGGGUUCCGACGCAGACGCAGGAUCGGUGGAUGACGUCCCGCCUGUUGCGGAGGAUGAGGAGGACAUCAUAACGCCUGCAGAUUUGUGCUUCUCGCUACAGGAGACGGUGUUUGCGAUGUUGGUCGAGAUCACGGAGCGGGCGAUGGCUCAUGCGGGUGGAAAGGAGGUCUUGAUUGUCGGAGGUGUCGGCUCCAACGCACGAUUGCAGGAAAUGAUGGAAAUUAUGGUCGGCGAGCGAGGUGGGAGCAUCUUUGCGACAGACGAGCGGUUCUGCAUCGACAACGGUAUCAUGAUUGCGCAUGCGGGGCUGCUGAGCUACCGAAUGGGCUACGAGACGCCGCUGGAGAAGACGUCGUGUACGCAGCGGUUCCGAACAGACGAAGUCCUCAUCAGCUGGCGACCUUGA